AGAUGAACCAAAUUGUUUGAGUUCUACUGUGUUUAUCUUUGUAUUUCAUCCCUCCAGGUGAUGGAAAAGGACAAACCAUGGGCCUUGCUCUCAGAGGAGGGCGUGAAGCAAGCUUUUCUUGAAAAGUUAGCUGACAUAAUGGAACCACACUUCCAAAUAAUCACCAGCAGAGAGUUCCUACAGAACCCCCUACUGCACGGCCCUAAAAUCCAAGCCAUGUUCGUGUGGAGCUGCUGCCCUGCAGCUGAGCAUUUGCUGCUUAAUUUGCUUCCCUCGCUGAAAGUCGUAGCCAACGGAGGAGCAGGCAUCGAUCACCUGGAUGUGCCUUUCAUCACCAGUCGAGGGGUGAAGGUGACCAACACACCUGGUGUGGUCAGUGAUGCCACUGCAGAUAUUGCAAUGGGUCUGCUUUUGGCAUCAGCACGGAGGAUUGUUGAGGGUAAAGUGAAAGGUCACCAAAUAGCUGUGGAUGCAAAAACUACCUAUUUAGCACAAAACCUGAUGGGAGUUGAUGUCACAGGAUCCACUUUGGGGAUCAUUGGAAUGGGUCAGAUUGGAUACAAAAUAGCUAAAAGAAGCAGAGGAUUUGACAUGAAGAUCCUGUAUCACAACAGGAAUAGAAGAAGUAUUGAAGAUGAACAAGCAGUCGAGGCGACUUUCUGCGAGAGCCUGGGUGACCUGCUGAGAAGGGCGGACUUUGUCAUGCUAGCUGUCAAUCUGACUCCCAACACGACAGGUCUCAUCGGCCACAGAGAACUGUCCCUAAUGAAACCCACGGCAACACUGGUCAACAUCAGCAGAGGUCUAUUGGUGGACCAGGAUGCCUUAGUCAAAGCUCUCCAGUCUGGAAUGAUUCGUGCAGCAGCUUUAGAUGUGACUCACCCUGAACCUUUACCGAGGGAUCAUCCUCUCCUUGGCCUGCCUAAUGUGCUAAUCACCCCCCACGUUGGCAUGAAUACUUGUGCUACAGUAAGAGGGAUUGUACAGAAGAUGGUUGAAAAUGCCCUGGCUGCAGUGAAUGGUUUACCUAUUCCAAAUGAAGUCAAAUUUGAGUGACUAAUGCCAGAUUCAGACUACAUGGUAUUUUUGUCAUGUGUCAAAUCAGGCGAUUGUAGAGUCAUAAAUUGUUGCCGUGAAAUGCUGGCUAAUUAUUGUGCCAGAAUUUGCCAAAAGGUAAAUGAGAAAAUUGCUGCUCAUCUGCUGUAUAACUUGAAGGGACUUUGUAACCUUUAGUACUGUUCCAAUGAACAAUGUCGCAAGGCAAGGAUGUACAAAACUGGUUCUGACUGGAAUGUGUUAGGAUAGGAAAGAAAACUGACUCCAACUGGUGUAUGUGAGUAUAAAGAUUAUGUUCAGACAUUAUCAUAACCAAAACAUUAUGAGUACAUUUCCCCCUAAUCUUGUGCUCUUUUCUGGCUUACUACAAUAUAUGUGUAACAGCUUCCUUUUUUUUUUUUUUUUACCUCAGAUUGUAUGUUGUGUGCA